AUGGGCAAACCAAUAUGCCAUCCAUAUGAGCCAGAAAAUAUGGGCCUCACAUAUGGGACACCUAUAUACCACCCAUGUGCAGUUGCAAUGGGUACCAUGUUUGUCCCACAUGGUGUUUUGGUGGAGAAUACGAAGGGCCCCAUAUGGGCAAACCCAUAUUACAUCCAUAUGGGCCAGAAAAUAAUGGGCCCCAUAUACAACCCAUGUGCAAUUGCAUAUGGAUACCAUAAUGGAGACACAGCAUUACAUGUAGCUGCUAACUGGGGAUAUUCAUCAGUGGUUAAACUACUAUUAGACACAGGGGCAUCAAUUCUCCUUUCAAAGAAAGGUAACACGCCUCUGCAUGCCUGCUUCCUGAAUCAAGAUUUAAGUUAUGAUCAUCACAGAAACGUUACUGUAGCAUUUAUGAUGACUCAUCCAAACAUAGUAUCCAUCAAAAACAGUGAUGGCAAAACUGUAAUUGACUUGUAUGAAGAAAGUGAGUGUAGGAAGUAUGAAACAGAACAUAGAUGUUUACAGAAAGAAGAGUUAUUACUGAUAUUGAAAGGUGGGCAAUUUCCGGUAAUCGAUUUUACACCUUCGGGUAAGAAAAUUUUUGUACUAUUAUUAUGUUUACGCUGGUGCAAACAUUAAAAUAUAUUUAUUUUACUUUAACAGUGUGGACUAUGGUGAUAUACUGUUUUUGAAAAAUUGUUAACAGAG